GCUCUCGUGCCGGACGUUGCGCGGCCGCGACGCCCCGGGCUGGCACGGCGGGGCGCUCCGGACUGGUUGCCCCGCGGUGGGAGGCCUCGGCUGUUCCGCGCUCAGAUAGAUGUGGUUCCUGCUGGUUCUCCAGGGAGAUGUGAUUCCCUUUAGGACCACAUCCAGGCAAGACAGGAACUGGAUCACAGUUCUCCUUCAGGGUCCACAGCUGGGACUAAGUUUCAGCCAUGCUGUAACACGUGACUGGAUUUCCUUCCUUUGGGGUGAAUGAUAGUCCACUGUAAGUAUGGGUAAAUGAUAGUCCACUGUAAGGGGUGGGUGAAUGAUAGGGGUGAAUGAUAGGAGAAUUCAUAUGAUAGUCCACUGUAAGUAUAUACCACAUUUUCUUCCAUUCAUCUUUAAUGGACAUUUGAGUUGCCCCUACCUCUUGGCUAUGAUGAACAGUGCUGCUGUGAAGAUGGAUGUCUCUUGGAUGUCCUGCUUUCAGUUCUUUAAACUGCAUGCUCAAAAGUAAGAUUGUUGGAUCAUAUGGUAGUUCUCUAUUUUUAAUUUUUCGAGGGACUACCAGACUGUUUACAUAGUGGUUGCACCAUUUUACAUUCCUAUCAGCAAAGCACAAGUGUUCUCAUUUUCCAUAGCCUCACCAACAUUUCUUAUUUUCUUUUUAAUAGUGAUCAUCCCAGUGGGUGUGAGGUGAUACCUUAUUGUGGUAGUGGUUUGCAUUUUACUAAUGAUUAGUGAUGUUGAAUGUCAUUUCAUAUGCUUAUUGGCCAUUUGUAUAUCUUCUUUGGAGAAAUGUCCACACAGGUUCUUUGCCCGUGUUUUGAUUGGGUCACUUAUUUUUUUUGCUGUUGUCGGAGUUAUUUGUGUAUUAACUUCUUGUCAAAUAAUAUGAUUUACAAAUAUUUUCCCCAUUCCAUUAGUUGUUGAAAGACCCUAGAGGACCCGCACCCAAGGACGCACUCACAGACCACUGGAUGCAAUAAGCAAGAGGAUUUUAUUCGGGCAUGCUCGGACUCCCAGGGACACUUGACCAUGAAAUCCGCGAGGGAUGGUCAAGAAAUCAUUGAGAGAUACUGUAGGACCCCAGGAGCUGCUGACCACCCGCAGGCGUGCGCUGACCACCCGCAGGCGCCUGCGAAACAAUAAAGAACCUCUUGCUGUUUGCAUCCUGUGGCAGUGUUGAAUUCUUGGGUUCUUUGACUGCACAUAUACAUAACUCUAUGUUUCCAGUUCAUCAUGGCUUCAACUUCAAGCUUUACUGUUGGGAGUAGAGCCGGUUCAAAGCCAAAGUCUACAAAGCUGCUGGAGGUCCUGAAUGCACUGGAGGAGGAUGAGUCUGGCCACAGCCGGGAGGAGAUCUUCAUUGCGCCUCCAGACAAUGCCUCAGGGGACUUCACUGAUGAGGACUCUGGUGACGAAGAUGGCCAGCGAGGCUCCCACCUGCCAGGCAGCAUCCUGCAUGCCUUUGUGGUGCCUGAGGAUUCUGGCACCGAGGAGGAGGAGGACCUGUCGCCGGCCACGAAGCGGCAGAAGGUCAUGGUGGAGCCUCAGCGUAUUUGGACGAAAAGAGAUAUCCGACCUGACUUCAGCAGUUGGACGGCAUCAGAUCCUCACAUAGAGGAUCUCAGAAGCCAGGAACUGAGUCCUGUGGGCCUCUUCGAGUUGUUCUUUGAUGAAGGAACAAUUAAUUUCAUUGUUAAUGAAACCAAUCGUUAUGCUUGGCAGAAAAAUGUCAACCUUGGGCUCACAGCCCAGGAAUUAAAGUGUGUUUUGGGCAUUUUGAUUUUAAGUGGGUAUAUAUCCUAUCCGAGGAGAAGGAUGUUUUGGGAAACAUCCCCCGAUUCACAUCAUCAUCUUGUGGCUGAUGCAAUAAGAAGGGACAGAUUUGAACUGAUCUUCUCAUACCUGCAUUUUGCAGAUAACACUGAGCUGGAUGAAAGCGACAGGUUUGCCAAAGUCAGGCCUCUCAUUGUCCGGAUGAAUCGCAAUUUCCAGAAGCACGCGCCCCUGGAAGAGUUCUACAGCUUCGGAGAGUCCAUGUGUGAGUACUUCGGGCACCGGGGAUCCAAGCAGCUGCGUGCCGGGAAGCCCACACGGCUAGGCUACAAGAUCUGGUGUGGGACAACCAGCAGGGGCUACCUGGUGUGGUUUGAGCCCUCUCAGGGCACGCUGUUCACCAAAUCGCACAGGGGCCUGGACCUCGGGGGUAGUAUGGUGGUCAAGUUCGUGGAUGCGCUGCAAGAGCGUGGCUGUCUGCCAUACCACAUAUUCUUUAACAAGGUUUUUACAAGUGUCAAACUCAUGUCCAUUUUGAGGAAAAAGGGGGUGAAGGCCACAGGAACUGUUCGUGAGUACAAGACUGAGCGAUGUCCCCUCAAAGAUCCCAAAGAACUGAAGAAAAUGAAGAAGGGCUCAUUUGAUUAUAAAGUUGAUGAGAGUGAGGAGAUUAUCGUGUGCCGCUGGCACGAUAGCAGCAUGGUCAACAUCUGCUCCAAUGCCGUGGGCAUAGAGCCCGUGGGGCUCACCGGCCACCAUAGGGGAGCAGCCAAGACACGGACCCAGGUCCAUCAGCCCUCCCUGGUGAAGCUGUACCAGGAGAAGGUGGGGGGUGUUAGUCGGAUGGACCAGAACAUUGCCAAGUACAAGGUGAAAAUCCGUGGCAUGAAGUGGUAUUCGAGCUUCAUCGGCUACAUCAUCGAUGUCGCUCUCAAUAAUGCCUGGCAGCUGCACGGGAUCUGCAGCCACGACGCCCAGGUGGACCUCCUGGCCUUCCGGAGGUACGUGGCCUGUGUGUACCUGGAGAGCAAUGCUGACAUGUCCUCCCAGGGGCGGCGAAGCAGGCGGCUGGAAACUGAGAGCCGCUUUGACAUGAUUGGGCACUGGAUAGUCCACCAGGACAAGAGGACCCGGUGUGCCCUCUGCCACUCGCAGACCAACACCCGCUGUGAAAAGUGCCAGAAGGGCGUCCACGCCAAGUGCUUCAGGGAGUACCACAUCCGGUGAUGCACAGUGGGCAGAGGGAGCCCUCUGGAAGCUUGGCUCGUGAGAUGCCCACAGCCAGUUACAUACAGUACGUGGAGCACUGGGUUUUGCAUUGGAAAAGAGAACACCUGAAUCCCUAAUGAUGUGCUUUUGUAUCCCCCCAUCAUUUCCAUUACAGUUAAAUUUUUAUUGUCUUCUGUGGUGCCUACAUGUAACAUAAGUUACUAUUUAUAUUGAUAAUUAUAAGUGUUUCUAAGUCUCUAUACUGUUAUUUAUUUCAAUGAUGGGCCCCUUUUUAUUCAAAUAAAAAUCUUGCUCCAGAUGAUAGCUGAGUCCUAGUAAAGAAAAUCAAAUACAGCCGAAAACUUAGAGAAACUUUCAUGAAGACUGAAAAAGUUUUAUAAUUGUAUGCUAUUGAUUAUAAUCUAAGAUAGGACAAUAGUAUCUAAGCAUGGUAUUAAUAUGAUGAUGGAUAUUUUGUCACAUUAUUUCACUUUAACACUAGCAAACUGUCCAGGGAUAGAUAAUCUGCCUUGUGUUUAUCCAGAUGGCUAGAUUUGUAGAGUUUGUGUUUUCUGAUAAAAAUAUUUUCCUAAUUCAAGUAUAGCUUUAUGGAAUCCAUUUUUAUAACUAAUGUGAGAUAGGAAUCUGUUUUCCCCCCACAAUUAUGGUUUGCUCCAUUUAUGAAAAUAUAUGUGUAUUUCCCCAUUGA